AUGGGAUCAUCGAAUGGUGUAGUAAUAGGCAAGGCUCAGCGCUUCAAUAUGGAGAAUGAGGCUCGUAAAAUAAAGAGAGAAGAUAUGAUUAUGAAGCGUAGAGGACUCAACUUUGUAAGUGAUUAGGUAGCUGAGUCUCUUGAUGAUCAAUCAGUUGCUGUUUUGGAGUAGGAAGUAGAUAAUGUAGCUCCAAAGGUAGUUGCUAUUCUAGGCUUGAAUAGUGCCUGUGAUGUAGCUGGCAUGAGAAUCGAAAUGGUAAAGCACUGCAUUGAAUACCAAAAAAGUUUGAUUAAGGGUAAGCAUGAAUCUUUGCAGAAGCAAUAAGAUGAAUUAGACUAGUUAGACAGCCAGUUCAAGGCAUACGUAUGCCCUAACCCAGGUAGUUCAACCAACCUUGGAAGUAAAAAGCAAAGACUGAUAUUCCUUGAGAUCAAUAGAGAAGACGAUGAAGCAGUUUUAUAGGUAGGCAAGAUAGCAGAUUUAAUCUUAGUGGUGAUGUCUUGCGCCGAAAGUGAUAUUAAAGGAGUCAAAAUUGAUCCUGAUAGAUUUUCAAAUGCUAUUGAUGAGACUGGAUACAAGGCAUUAGGGUUAUUGAGGUCUUAGGGAUUACCAGCAUUAGUCGGAGUUCUGUAACACUUGGAGAAGCAUAAAAGCAACAAGCAGCCUCAGUUGAAGAAACUCUUCCAGAGAUACUUCGAGUCAGAGUUUACAAACCAGCACAAGUUCUUGAACUUCAACUUGGCUACAGCAGAUACUGAUGUCAAUGCUUUACUUAGAUAAAUCGCAGUCCUAUACCCCAAUGAGAUCACAUGGAGACAUAACAGGUCUUAUAUGUUAGGUCAUAUUACCAAAAUAUAAAGUAAUGAAGUGCAUGUGGAAGGUUAUAUUAAACAAAAUUUCCUUAAUGCUAAGAGAUUGCUUCAUAUCACUGGAGUUAACAACUAGUUAGCUUUCAAAAUAAAGAGAAUAGAGAUAGCAAAAGACCCAUGUCCCAUGAAAAUCAGCAAUAAAGAAAAGGAAAAGAUUAUGUCAACUUCAAAGGCUCAAAGCAUCAUUCAAAGCAAGAAAAAUUCAAGAAAGGGUUCUAUGGAUGAUAUUAGUGGAAGUGUCAGUUAAAACGGAGAUAAUGUUAAUAAAGUAAUCUAGUAAAUCAACCCAUCAGAAAGAGAUCCCUACUAGAUUGAAAACAACCCAGGCUUAUUCUGCGCUGAGCAAACUUGGCCAACAGAAGAAGAGCUUAAGACAGCCAAGCAAGCAAAAAAGAGCAGAAGAAAAUCAGGUGGUGAUGACGAGAUGCAGACUGAAGAUACCUUAGUAAGUUCCUACCCAGUUAGUCAAAGCAAGGCAGGAGCCUCUUUAGAAGAGAUGUUCGAGAGAAUCAAGAUUGUAGGAAAGCAAGGUGAAGAUAACAAAUCAGACGAUGCAGGCAGCAUGCAUGCUGACGAUGAAGACGAGGAUGAUGAUGAAUUAGAUGAGACUAUGUUCAGAGAAGACAACAAAAUCUCAAUGAAGCAUUAAAAGCUCACAGACCUCGAAGGCAGAGCUAGAGACGACAUGGAUUUCCCUGACGAAGUAGAUACUCCUCUAGAUGUUGAAGCUAGAAAUAGAUUCAUUAAGUACAGAGGUAUCAAGUCAAUCAAGAACUGUGACUGGGAUCCAUAUGAAAAUCUACCUCCAUCGUAUAGCAAAAUCUGGAGAUUCCAAAGCUAUCAGCAAGCCUACAAGGAUUCAGUUCAGUAAGUGAUUGAGGAAGGUCUCCCCCUGAAUGGAACUUAUCUAAGAAUUGUUAUUGAAGUAGAGGAAAAGACACUUCUAAGUAAUACUAGCAUUCUCGGUGAGGGGAAAGCAAUCAUUAUGUCUACUUUAUUCCCUCAUGAGUGCAAACUCAGUGUCAUGCAUUUCAAGAUUUAGAGGCACUUUGAGCACACCGAGCCAGUUGAAAGCAAAACUGAAGUUGAGAUCCAUUGUGGAUUUAGAAAGAUGACGAUUAGACCAGUAUACAGUUCAGAGACUUCGCCAGGAGGUCUUGGAGCCAGCAGCAAUGAGAAACUUAAGUAUCAAAGAUUCUUAAGACAUGACAUGAGUGUGAUUGCUUCCACAUUCUGUCCAAUUGUAUUUGCUCCAUGCAAAGUAUUGAUGUUUACUAAAAACAAUGAGACAGGAUCUUUGAGCACCUUGGCUACAGGUAAUGCACUCCCACCAAACCCACUCGCAGUGAUACUGAAGAGAAUUAUUUUGACAGGUUAUCCUUUGAAGGUGCAUAAGAAAAAAGCAGUCAUCAGGUACAUGUUCUUCAACCCCAAGGAUGUUAAGUACUUCAAGCCAGUUGAGCUUUACACUAAGUUUGGAUUAAGAGGCCACAUAAAAGACUCUCUAGGAACACAUGGUUUAUUAAAGGCACAGUUCAAUGACUUCAUGAAGCAAAAUGAUACAGUCUGCAUGCCUCUUUAUAAAAGACAGUACCCAGUGUGGUUUGAAAAGACAUGGACAGGCGAAGAGCCCAAGGAUGAAGAGGGAGAUCAAGAAAUGAACUGA